AUGUAUCGACUUCACGGCCCCAAUGGUCACACUUCAGCUAUCACCUCUCUUCAGUUCCUGGAUAAUGGAAUAGUGGUGACUAGCGGAGAUGAUGGAGCGGUGAAGCUGUGGGAUGUCAUGAAAGGCCAAUUGUCGUCCGGGGGGAGCGGUGGCUGCAUUUGGCGUCUCAAAGCCACUAACAACCUUCUUGCUUGUGCUGCUGGGUCUAGGAAUGGCACUGAAGAUACCAAAGUUAUUCUUUUGGAUUUUGACGCUGGCAUGGGUUUGAGUUUUAUGGUUGUUAUAGAUCUGGACUUUGAUCUUCUACAUCAUUUUCUUGUAUGGGGCAAUGAUGAUGUUAUUUUUUUGGGGUAG